AUGGUAUCACAAACAUUAUUUAGAGUAAUACAAAGUUACAGUCAAUGUAAUCCAAGGCUAAAAAAAUUAUUAUACUAUGGCUUGGGAUCAUCUGUUGUUGGUUUAACCAUCUACAAAAGUCAUAAUCAUCAGGCAUUUGCCACUAAAGCACAAUUAAACAUAUCAAAUUUUAUGGCAGAACCAAUAACAUCAACAAUUGAUUUACAAAAAAAUGCUGGUGAUAUGAAAACAAAGAUGGAAUUAUUAAUAAUGAAAAUUCAAUCAGAUUUUUGUCGUUCACUUGAAUCAAUUGAGAAAGAUGAAAAAUUUAAAGUUGAUCGUUGGUUAAGAAAAGAAGGAGGUGGUGGUAUAACAUGUGUACUUCAAGAUGGUACAGUAUUUGAAAAAGCUGGUGUUAAUAUAUCAGUUGUACAUGGCUCAUUACCACCAGGUGCUGUUCAACAAAUGCGUGCACGUGGUAAAAAAAUUGAUAGUGGUACAUUGCCAUUUUUUGCAACUGGUGUAAGUGCUGUUAUACAUCCAAGAAAUCCAAUGGUACCAACAAUACAUUUUAAUUAUCGUUAUUUCGAAAUAUAUAAUAAUGAUGGUAGUGUACAAUGGUGGUUUGGUGGUGGUACCGAUUUAACACCAUAUUAUUUAAAUGAAGAUGAUGCUAAACAUUUUCAUAAAACAUUAAAAGAUGCAUGUGAUAAACAUGAUCCAUCAUAUUAUAAAAAAUUUAAAGAUUGGUGUGAUAAAUAUUUUUUUAUACAACACAGAGAAGAAUCAAGAGGUCUUGGUGGUAUAUUUUUUGAUGAUUUAGAUACACCAAGCCAAGAAGAAGCAUUUAAAUUUGUUGAAUCAUGUGCUGAAUCAGUUGUACCAUCAUAUGUUCCACUUGUUGAAAAACAUAAAGAUGAUGGAUAUGGUUUGGCUGAAAGACAAUGGCAGCUAUUACGAAGAGGAAGAUAUGUAGAAUUUAAUUUAAUAUAUGAUAGAGGUACUAAAUUUGGAUUAAAUACACCAGGUGCUAGAUAUGAAAGUAUAUUGAUGUCAUUGCCAUUAACUGCUCGUUGGGAAUACAUGAAUGAACCAGAUAAAAAUUCAAAAGAAGGACAACUUAUGGAAGUGCUGAAAAAUCCAAAAGACUGGUUAAAUAUUAACAAGUAA